AUGCACGCUAAGAUUAGGUUCAGCAGGGACUUGGAAAAGACCAGUACACCAAAAAGCGGCCUUAGCCCGUCUGGUGAUGGGGCCAACGAUGCUUCUCUGAAUAUACACGGUUCAACAGUGGUAAAAAGACAUGCUCCAAUGCUUUUCCACAGUUCCCUUCACACACGUCCAGAGAGAGGGCCAAAAUCCAUGAUGGCUUUGGAAAUGCCUGGCAGAAACCUUGGGUCGUCUUUCAUGGCAAUGCCUAGCAUGGGUCCCACGGUUUCGCCUCCGCCCUCGGCGAUGAAACAAGUGGCAAACGAUGCUGCGGUCUUCACAAUCAGCACUAAAGAAGUGCCUGAAGCGAAAGCGAAAGAGCCACCAAAGGAUUUGAUUGACAUUAACGUCCGACGAAGGAUUGCUUCUGCUAGUAUGCAGGACAAGCUUUCGCAGAAAAUGCCGUAUCUGUCAGGCGGACAAUUUUUUGACUAUCUUCCAGAAGUGCAAGCUGGAAGAAAUCGAGAUCCUGACCCUGCCACACCUAUGGAAUGGACAAGACGACUGUCCGCCGUGCUGCCAACGCAGCUAAGCGAUAAACGCCAACGUUCAAGAGAGUUUUCCGACCGGUUGUGCAGACUCAAUGUUCACAUGUCGGAGUUGCCCAAGCGCGAUCGUGUAAACUUCAGGAGACGUUUGGAGGAGGAUGGGCAGUUCUUGAGAGCUAUUGAACAGGCACGCAGCGAAUUUGGCGAGUAUGCUCUUGUCAGGAAGGAAAUCCAAGUGUACGAAGAUGACAAGGAGGAUGAUGCGUAG